AGGAAAUGUGAUAUUUGUUGUUCUUUAUGUAGGACAGACACGAAAUGUGAUAUCAAACAAUUUGAUAAUAAUGCCGACAAGUGGGUGGAGAGCUUACCUGUUAACUUUAUCCUAGUUUAGAUUUUGAGCAGCAAGAAAUCAAAAAUGACGGACAAGGAAAUUAACUGUGAACCAUGUUCUCGGGAAGAAAUAGAAGUACCGGCAAGUCGUUAUUGUUAUGAGUGCUCCGAGAAAAUAUGCGAAGACUGUGUGAAACUACAUAAGAAAAUCAAAAGUCUGUCAAAUCAUAAACUUUGUAACCUUGGCGACGGAGAAUCAGAUGUUGCUCAAUUUGACUUCUUAAAGUCACUCACAAAGUGUCCCGAGCACCAGAGAGAGGAGGUUCGAUACAUCUGCAAAGACCAUGACCAGUUAUGUUGUAAUGAGUGCGCGAUAGUAAGACACCGGAAGUGUGACGAUAUGAUUUCUAUAGCAGACGAACUAUCCAAGUUGGAAAUUUCAGACCAGGAUAUAGAUUUCAGACUGGGUGAAAUUUUGGAUGGUUCCAAAAAGCUCACAGAAUACGAAACAAAGCACCAGUCUACAGUGAAAGCUUCAAAGAUUCAAAUUAGAGAUAAGCUGACAGCGCUUAAAAAGAAAAUAGAUGAAGCUUUCUGUAAAAUGGAGCAAACUAUUUUACAGGAUGCUGACGAAAGAAGCGUCAACAUAAUGAAGAAAAGUAAAACACAACUAGAAAGCAUUGAAACGCUGAGAACUGAUGUUAAUCGCUCACGUGACAACCUUCGUAUUGCACAUAACAAUGGAGAACAGCUUCAUUUAUUUCUGGUUGAGAGAAAAUUGAAAACAGAACUUAAACGACAUGAAGACACGCUGCAGAAUAUUCGAAGUGACUCAAGCGUGAAAAGUCUUACUUUAGUAGAUGACGUCUCUGAACAAGACUUGAUGAAAACCAUUGCUUCCUACUUUCCUCUUGAAGAGCUAACAUCUAGUGCUGGUGUACUCUCAUGUACAGAAAUAUGCGAGGUCAAUCUAACCGGAGAGCCAGUAUUAAUAACCGAAGUGAAACUUGCAUCUGAUUUUGCUCGUGCGUGCGUGUGGAUUGACAAUUUUGUUGUCGUUGGUUUGCAAGAAAUGAAGCAGCUUCAAUUAUUUGAUAUAAAUCAAGAAUCACUUAAAUACAAUAAAACAAUAAACGUGUCCUCAGAACCAUGGUCUUUGAAAAAAGUAGAUGAUUCAAGAUUUGCUGUUUGUUACCCACGUAACAACACUAUUGAGCUAAUGAAGAUCAGUAAAGGGACAUUUGAAACAGUGAAUACGUUCAAAACAGACAGUGAUAUCUGGGAUAUUUCGUACAACAAAUUACAACACCAAAUUAUAGGUCUUUCCUGGACUAUUAAUGUGUUCAAGCUUGAUGGUACGAAAUCAUGCUCUGUCCCAUUAACACCUGAAAUGUGUAAUGUUGUGAAGAAAGCGUACGGAAUUUGUUUUGAUACAGGCACUAAUGUGCUGUACAUAUCUAGCUUUGGUCUGCAUAAAGUGGUGGCUGUGAAGUUGGAUGGUACAGUAGUUUUCGAAUACACUCAAGAAAAUUUACAAUAUCCUUUGCAUCCAGACAUGGAUGCCAAAGGAAACAUUUAUAUACCGGGUGUUGGAGGGAUUCAUCAGAUUGAUAGAAAUGGAAAACUCCUACGUAAAAUAAAGUUUCCCGGGAAUGGACGUUGUGUUUGUUUUGAUAACUGUAAGACCAAGUUUAUAGUGUCUUAUGAUAACCCUACUGGUAUGCGAAUGUACAAUUUGUAAUAAACUAUAUUAAGAUAUCUUCAUGAUAUCUUCAUGAUACAAAAACUUUUCAUCCUUACUUUGAUCAUCGUAAAUUGACGUACAACUAGAAAUCGUGUCUCUUGUUUAAAACGGCUGAUAACUUUAUCGUUUAUCAAUGUUUUUGUAUUGUGAAAGAAAAAAGGAAGUACAAAAAUUACUACAUUCUUAGCCUCUUCUGACUGAAACAGUUACACGGCAAAUGAAAAUAGUUAGCAUAUAACUUUUUAUAGAAUCAAUAUGGACCUUAAAUUUCACUUAUUUUAGUAAUUUGGUUACAAAACUAACUUAUGUGCAUGCCCUACAGUCGAAAUCGUUAAAUGGUCUUUUGUAGUCAUGUCAAAAUUUUUAUUUAUGUAUCUUUAUGAUACAUACUAUUGAAACAUUAUAAAAUACGUUAGUCUUUCUGUACAGAAACAGGUGAAUGAAUUGCCAUGCAAUACAAAGUCCCUACUGGAAAGCACGUAAUUUCUGUACAGCAGUAUCACAUAACUAUUUGUCAAUGAUGUAUAAACAAUAUUGUACUGUAUACAAUAACACAACACUUGGAUUAAAAUUUGCAUA